AUGAAAGAAUCCAAAGCAGAGAUUCUCUGUGACCUCAUUGACCCAGAGCGCAGAGGGGAGGUUACGCGCUCUGACGUCUGUGUGGCACUUAAAUGUUGGCCGAAUCAGCAAGCAAUCCUCAAAGAUAUUAAUGUACUUGAAACGGAUAUGCCGGCUAUGAAACGCAACUCAAUCAUUCAUCUCAUUCUUGAAAGCAAACUUCAAAACAAAACUAAAAAGGGUGCUCUUGACAAAGUAAAGGAACAACUCGAUCAAAUAUACGGUCCCAGUUGGAAUUGCUACAUCGCUGAAAAGAAUUACUGGUUUGUCUGUUCGCAUCGCCCGGGCUCAAACCUAGCUUUUACCUACAAAGGCUACGUAUAUGAUCUGGUUUUUAGUAUGAACACUCCCUUCAAUACAGAGAAGCUUCUACUCUUUUAUGAUGAGCUAACGGAGGCCCAAGCAGUGCUUCCGGUCAAAACGUACCUGGAUCAUCUUAUCAAGUGGGGCAUGUCAGCAAACAAAGCAGCCGCAUUGAUUUCCAUGGUUGACCCAAGAAACACUGGAUACAUCAAGCGCGAGGAUAUCUGCCGUGCCCUUAAUUUCAGUCCCACGAGACCUACCGCUUUGCAGGACGUUUCAGUUAUUUCUACAGACAUGCCAGGCAAACAAAGGGACUCAAUUAUCCUCCUAGUCUUAGAAAUCUUGGCCCAAAAUAGAAAGAAAGCGGUUAUACUCCAAGAACUGAAGGAGCGUCUCGAAAUUGUUUACGGAGGCAAAUGGAGUUGUUUCAUUGCCGAGGGUCGUUACUGGUCCAUAUGCUCUCACAAACCUGGCAAAAACUUGGUCUUUAGUUACCGUGGCUAUGUCUAUGGAGUUUCCGAAUCGCCAGAUAACAAAUAA